AUGCCUGACGGAGACGACGAACAUGAUGCCUUCUCCUCUGUUCAACCACAUGUUCUCUCCCACAGACCGCUCCAUCUACCCUCUUCCCGCCAGUCCCACGUCGCCCCUGGCUCUGAUCAACCACCCCUCGAUCGAACCGCGACACUGACUUGUUCAUCUCCGCCCACCUCCUACUUACCAGCAACCACAUACGUCCCCGAAUUCCCCCAACACCUUCCUCUCCAUUACUCGUCCAAUGGUGCCGCAGGAAACAGUCGGUCAGAGCAAACGCCCUCUCCUGACCCGAGCGAAUUCUAUCGUCCAUAUGUCAUCGAAGAUGCGCCAAAGAGUGCUGGCCUAGGUAUGCGACGAAUAUCGGACAGCAACCCGGGAAUGAUUUCAGUUACAUCGACUCCUCAGAAUCCUCCACUGACCUCGAGACAUAUCGAUCCCCCCUUCUAUACCCGCAGCCCAGCCGCCAAUCCAUACCAACUACGCUCCAUCUCCGGCUCAAGUAUAUCGUCGGGAGAGAGUGCUUCUCGACUACAACCCGCCAUACGAACAGGCGGACGAGGUCGACAGGCAUCUUUUAAGGACCUAGUCGAGCGAUUUAAUCGUACUGUCGACGAAGUUCCCCCUGUACCCAUUCGAUCCCCUUCCGCGUUAUCGUCUCGAACUGGAAGUCCGUCCCCAAAUCCCAACCGUGGUCUUCGACAGCGGGACCUUUCGUUGACUCGACUUCCACGCACCUACCAUACAGAGGAGUCUAUAUUAAACCCACCUCCCUCAGCCAACAACGAACAUUCGCUCUAUUCCGAUCCAAUAACGUCAUCCGUUGGAGGUGCGGGAGCACGUCGACCACUCUUUGGAGAGCUUUUGACCAUUAAUACAGAUAUCAAUAGCGCCGGUUAUGGGAUCGCGCCUCAUAUUCCUCGACGCAGAGGCUCUGAAAGCAGUAUCCCUAGCCCAAACCCGCUCUUGCUUCAACGACGGCAAGGAUUAGAUCCGGUAGUGUCACCAUCAUCUCCAACGGCCUGGUAUUUAGGCACCAACACGUCCUUGGAAACCGUGAAUGCUUCACAUUCCAACAAUCAGAAUCGCAAUCACCGUCGUUCGAGGAGUGACGCCUCGUGGAGCGCGUCUAAACCUGUCGGUCCAAGCUCUUUAGGUACCGAGAUGGCGGUCGCCUCCUUUCGAGACCCGACGCCUGUUUCCAGUCCGGUCACUCCACAUUCCAAGUCGCGCAUUCCCAUCGCAGCCCGACGCAUGAGCCACGACUCCGACUCAGGUGGUCAUUCCUCCCCGUCGACCAGACCCGGCUCAGCUGUGGGCCACUAUCACAGCACGAGUCCGCACCAUGUCUCCCUUGCUCCAAAGGGCAGUAGCCGUCUUCCGAAACCCCUCAGUCCAUCAAUAACGCCAGUAACAAGCCCCGAUAGAAAGAAUCGGCCACCCACUACGAUCAAAUCCCCCAGUCGCCGAGACAUAGCUUACAGUCAUGGGGUUUCUACUCAAGUCACUGACAGGGGUUCCCUCAAGGUGUACGUUUCUGCGCCUCCGGCCAAGAUGUCUCCUCCGCUGCGCAGUUCCCGACCCCGCAAACAAGUAUCAACUGCCAGUACUGCAGCAUCUCGUGCAAAAGUUGUAGACCGCGUUUCGCGCCUACAAUCGUCUGAGGCGAUGGACAAUGAUUCAAGAAAUCCUCGGCCGAGAACCCGCAAACCCCCUGAGUUAGGUAACGUUGACUUUGCCGCUCGACGUCAAAGAAUCCAACAAGCCUUCAAUAAAUCCGUGCAGGAGACUGUAAAGAAAGAGGAAGAGGCUGCCGAACGCCGGCGACUUGCACGGUACAGGAGAGAUGAGGAGGUUCGAUCAAUGCUCAUUCGCGAGGGAGAGCUGCGCAAAAUGGCUUCCAUGGAAUCUCCUUUGACACCUGUUCAGCCGCCAUUCGGCAACACAAACCGCUCUUUCCCUCAAGAUACUCCAACAGACAACAAAUCUGGUUCUUCUAUGCUUUCCAUCUCCACCCCGAACCUAAAAAUUGACACUAGUGGCUCUUUUGCUCGUCAACCAGAAAUGCCUCCAGCGGAGUCUCAUCUUGAUCUCGGCGAUUCCCCUACUCUAGGUAUUACAACGCCGACUGUAGAACCACUUCGACCUGAUGAUGGGAUUUCUGAUAUUCCACCUUCAUCAGCCAUCACAACGGCGACUAAUGGAAGUGAUACCACACAUUUUGACCUAGAACCUGAAGUGAAUUCAGACCAACAAGAGUCGCAUCGCAAUAUUCUCAAUCGCAUCAUGCAGCUUCGAGAGUCAAGUUCAAGCAGCGAAUGUGAUGAGGAUGAGGAAGAUGACGAACCAUGCGAUAACGACGAAAAGGAAUCUAUACAGAUUAUGCUUGAGUCCAGCCGAGGUACAUUUCUCUUGGACAGGCGAGAUAGUGGGGAUACCAAUGCCACAGAAGAUAGCAAAAUCGAAGAAACCGAUGCAUCGACUCAAGACCAGGCUAAUCGCUGGAGUAUGGCAUCAUGGGCCUCCUCAGCUAGGGACCAGCAAUCUCUUUCUGGCGGUCUGCAAGACGGAGAUGCUAACGAUGAAACGCUCAGCUCUAUUGAUGAGGGCAACCAACCAUCGUCGCGGUGGAACGAAUCUGUCAAUAUACUGUAUCAACAUCCGCCGAAUGACUUCCUUCACAACAAACCCGUCAUGGACUCCAUGACUCAUAUGCCGCAGCAGUCACACCCAGAUAGCUUAAUUCGACAAGGCCGCUGGGAUUCUAAGCGCGUUACACAACUUUACCUACAAGAACUUGUCCGUGGACGCUUCCGUCAAUCUCUAGACAGACCUUGGGAAGUCAUCCAGUCAGAGGAAGGCUCUGAAAGCCAGUCUAAAACGAACAGCCUCACCGAUGAGCCAGUAGUGGUACCCCGAGCCCGGGAUUCAUCAUCUCGGGAUCUCUUUUCCCAGCGUGCUAGUUUGAGUUUGAGGGAUGAUUGGGAAAGCGCAUCUCCAUCUAUUGCAGACUGGAUGCAGGUAGCAGCUGGAGAAGAGCCACCGGCUCCACCGCCGAAGGGCGACCCUGGCACCAAUGGCAUUAAUGCAAUUGAGAAGAAAGGUUCUUCAGUGCCUAUGCUUCCACAUCCCCCGCAAUCUAAGACUGAAGGGCCGUGGGAUGGGCUCGGCCUUGCUAUACAUGUUCAAUCUCCCAUCGAUAAGGUUGACGUUGUUCCUCCGCCGCCACAGCCUGAUCACAGUCCUCCUCCAGUGCCUGAUGAUUCAGAACACCUUGACGCAAGUUAUCCACAACCUACACCACAAACAGUAUCGCCAAGCAUCUAUGAUAGCCAGCCGCCAUCCAGCGUUGUAGAAAGUGCUCCGUUUCCUACAGUGGAAGAAGGGCAGCCAAUCCGACACAGCGAAGAUUCUUAUUUGACCCAGGGCGGAUUUACGCCUUCACCUCCGACAUUGGCCUCCUCAGCAACGUCCCAGUAUCAAAACUCUUCUUCUCAUUUAGCCUCGGAAGUCACCCAAACUGGGUCACCAACACCUGAACAAAAGAAGCUCAAACAGCGCCGUAAUGUCAUCAAGGAACUUGUCGAUACCGAAUAUACUUACGGUCGUGACAUGAAGGUGGUGGACGAUAUCUACAAAGGGACGUCCAGUUCAUGCCUUGAUCUCUCCGCGGACGAUGUGCGAACACUCUUUGCGAAUUCUGAUCAAAUUGUCCAGUUUUCUAUGAACUUCCAGGAUGCGCUGAAACAAGCUGCCAAGAGUGUCUAUGUGAUGCCAAAAUCACAGCGAUGGAGCAGCAAACGAGGCACUCGUAGUGGACGAGGCAGCCCUCCCGUUGAAGUUCAGAACUCUGUGGGAGAUGCAACUAGCUCUGAGCAGGACCAACGCACUUUUAUCGGCCAUGUUUUCAUGGAAAACAUGGCUCAAAUGGAGAAGGUUUAUACAGAUUACCUAAAGAACCACGAAGCAGCCAAUAAAAAAUUACAAAUACUUCAGCGGAACCCGAAGGUAGAAAUCUGGUUGAAAGAAUGUCGUGACUGGGCAAUGGAUCUUACAGAAGCCUGGAAUUUGGAUGCAUUGCUUGUGAAGCCAGUCCAGCGUCUCGUCAAGUAUCCCCUCCUAUUAACCCAACUGAUCAAUGCGACGCCCGAAAGCCAUCCAGAUUAUCCAGCAGUAGCUAAAGCUCUAGAAGCUGUUACCAACAUUUCGAUUCGCAUCAAUGAUCUCAAAAAGCGUGCCGAUGUCGUCGGUCAGGUGGUCAGCAGUCGAAAACGCAAAGAGUCAGACGUGCGCUCAGGGUUAACCAAAGCUUUUGGCCGUCGUACUGAGAAGCUCAGACAACAAGUUGGUCUUUCGGAGAUGUAUGAAGAUGCCGACUACAACGCGUUGUCGACACUGUUCAAUGAGAAUUUCUUCCAGCUUCAGGUUGUCAUGCGUGACGUUGAAAUGUAUACUCGCGAGGUAAAGUCGGGCAUGGAUCAAUUUAGCGAAUACAUCACUGCUGUCGAAGGCUGUAUCGAUGUUGCACAGUCCAAUUACACGGAGCUUGAGAGUAAAUGGCAUCGGUUCCGUAUGUAUGUACGGGAGAUCAUGAAUGUUGCUCUACCCGAACAUAUUACUGCCGUUCGCAAAGGAGUGAUUGAUCCGAUGCUUACUCUUCUUAAGCUUUACGAAGGUCCGCAAAAGGUUAUGACGAAGCGAACCAAACGAUUGCUCGACUAUGCCCGAUUCAAAGCUAUAAAGGACCGAGGCGACCGGCCUGAUAAGAAAACCACGGAGCAGGGAGAACAGUUUUCAGUGUUGAACGAUGCGUUGAAGGAUGAGCUUCCGAAGCUUUUCAACCUUACGGUCAAGCUAAUGGAAGCCUGUCUCAAGAAGUUUAUUGCCAUCCAACAGCAAUGGUAUCAAGUAAUUCAACAGAAACUCAGCCCCGUUAUCGACCGUUUCCCUGCUGAGAUAGCCGGUAUUGUCAACGAUUGGUCUGCGGAUUUUUCCUUCGCUGAUGCACAGGUCAUGGCUCUCGCGCUUUGCAAUGGCGCAUUGCUGUCUGAGGCUGGAAAAUUGGUCAACUUUAAUGCACCAACUGACGGGUCGUCUUCUCCUCGACGACCUUCGACCGUGACUAAUGCUAGUGGUCGCACUACUUCAGUCACUUUUGAUAGCUCUCCUAAAGUCUCUUAUGACCACAGCGCCGGUACUCCUUCUAUCUAUCAGCAAGGUACUGAUGGCCAGAGUGAAUAUCAAGUGAACACCUCGCGACCAUAUUGGGCUGCAUCUAGCCGUGCUCGCACCAAUUCAUCUCUAUCCGGGCCUUCUCGUCCUAACACUACGGAAAUCCCCAACGGAAGCGCUAUGUCAGAGGCACUAGCGAACGUAACGUCUCCACGGCCAAGCACUGGAUCCGUCGGUCAUUCAGCAGAGCCUUUCCCGUCUGUCCCACGGUUGAGUCUUGACAUGCCGUUCAUGCGGGAAUCUCUUUUGCAGGAAACGAACUCGUUUGACCCGGAGACAACUGCUUCACCCGCACGUUUUUCAGGGUUCUUCUCGUCUGCCAUGCCUAUGCCAGACUCCCCUCGACAAGAAGCUUCUACGAGUUCAGGACCUUCGAUAAACAACAAUUUUAAUCCCAAGGUCUUGUUUCUAGCGGCCAGUCUUUACGAGUUUAAUAUCGACAAGUCAAGACGUGAAGCGGGCUAUCCAUAUCUUACCUAUAUCGAAGGCGAGGUCUUUGACGUGAUUGCUGAGAAGGGUGAAUUAUGGCUUGCCAGAAAUCAGGACGAUCCGUCAGGCCAAGUCGGCUGGAUCUGGACUCAACAUUUUGCAAAGUUGCCCAGCUAG